UAGUCCGGACAUGUUCGCACCAAGGUCCAGUCUAAGACUACUCACGUUUGAGGUUUAUCAACAUAGCAGUUCUCCAUAGUCAAUUAAACCGUAAUACAUGGACUUCAGUUGACUCUGUAAAAGAUGCUUCUGCUCCUCGGUAGUUUCUUCUCGGUAUAGUCCACCCUCUAUUGCAAUAAAUUUCCACAAAUAUAUUCGAAGGUCUGUAGUUAUUUAAAUAUUUAUGUGCACAUCGUGUUGCAACUACGUUGAGAAUCUGGAGACAGAGCAAUCUUGUUAUUCCUACUGGUUCCUUUCCACACUAGUGAGAACACUAAUACUAGUCCUACAGGCAAACGUAUCGAGUGCAAUGACACGAUCCGUGGUACCAAGUUUGUACGUAUGGACCGAAAAUUAUCCCAGAUAGAGGCAGUGCCUAACUCAACACAAGAAUACGCACACGCUUCACCUAUACAAACUGAUGCACACACAUACACAGAAUCACUCCCAAACACACACACAGAGAGAGGGGUACCUGUAUAUGCGAACAGUACGCAAAUCAAGAAACCAGUACAAGGUCCAGAGCAGCAUGUUUUAAACUUGGCCGAGGAAAGUAAAAUUGUUGCUCAACAAGAUGCUUUAAAAGCCGAUUCAAGUAUUCAUAGAAGUUGUCAAUAUUCCGCAAGUGCCUUGAAUAUAAGACAACGACGCCGUUCACAACAAUCAGUCACACACAAACCGACUAUAAUGAGCCUGUCGAUGCCGUUUAUGCUGGAAUCCAGCCAGGUCGUACAAGACGAGGAUUUUCCCGAGUAUGAGUCAGCAGAUCGUUGCCUGGCCAUCCAGAUUGAAAGUGGCGUGUCGUUGGAUAUCAACAGCCCUGGGGAUUCCACCUGCACUACAAGUAGUACACCAAAUGUAUCAUUGUGCCAAAUCGAAGAGGACACGAAUAAACCAGACAUCUACGCGCACACAAACACAAGCAGCGCACACAAUGAAAGGCUAGUUUUGGGGGAGAAAGCGCAUUUCCUCUGCAACAAAUGGUAUCCAGUGACUCUGAUCAUGAGCAGUGUAUCAACUCUGCCCUUCCUCAUCCCAACCUUUCUGUGGCAAUGGGAUGAGCACACUGUGCCGAUCGUAUCGCUUUCGACGGUGUCGCUGCUACUGUCUUUCUUUCAGUACUUUGCCUUUCUCGUCGGGAUCUAUAGGUACCGCGACUAUUCUUUGAUCAAGGCGCGUGGGUUGAUGUUCACCAUAGUAAUGAUGGCCUCUGCCGCUGCUUUGAUGCUCAUGUCCUACAUGAGCGUGCUGUUAUACUCGGGUGUGCUCACCGGCGGUAUCACUGUUCACACAGAGAAUGUAGCGGAUCUCCCUGUCCAUCUGAAGCUUCCUAAUGCCAUACUAAUGUGUAUCAUCCGAGUUAUCCAAACCUUCUUCAUGGCUGUGCUUACCGGCAGGCUGGCGGUGGUGUACACGUUAUUCGUCUCCAAAGACCGCGUGAAGACCUUUUCCCGGAAAAAGGUCAGGUGGCUGUUCUGGAGACCUGUGGUGAUUCUGGUUAGCAUUUCGGUACUUGUUCUGCUGCCGUAUCUCGGCUUUACCAUCGCCUGGUACUAUGCCGGGGAGCAGCCUUGGUUGGAAGAUGCAUUUCACUUUAGUUUCCUCGUGGCCAUGUGGACAAUGAUGGUGGUACGGGGAUCGGCCUUUCUGUUCUACGCGUGGAAGUGUCGCGAGGUGGAUCUGGUGUUCAGCGACUACGCCCAGAACUAUCGCGCGGGUGUGCUGGACACACUGCUGAUGCUGAUUGUGUGUAUCGUCUGGACCGUUGAUGAAGUCGGUGCGAAUGCAGUGGUGAUCCUGCAGAUAUCAGCGCAGGUGUGUAUGUGUACGCGGAUGUAUACUCGAUCACUAUAGCUGCAUGUACGGUUUUAGGAGUGGUAUGUGUGUAUCCCAUAAUGUGUAUCGAUGUGUUUUGCUAUGGUGUACAAGUGGGUGGCUAUCAUCCAAUCUCAUUGGUACAGUCUCGAGAUCAGACAACAGUACUCUUGCCAUGUCACCGUGGUUUUUUAUUAUUAAGUAUAUCGAUGCUGCUCAUUCCUAUCCACCUACCUUGUGCAUAGCUGUUAUUAUGUCACGUGCACACACCACAUCGACUCCAGUUUCUAGUCACGUCACUGUUUUCAAAUGUUGUGGUUAUUGAAAGCCUCGCCAAUGCACUAUGGAUGAGUUUACCUUUUUUAUAUAUAUCUCGACCAACUUAAAUUGACCUUGGACACCCCUGUUACUUCCAACAGAUUACCGUGCUGAGUUAUCUGUUCGAUGCCUACCUCAUUCCGUUGUUGUUGGGUAUGGAUCAAUACCGGCCACCGGAAAAGACUAUGUUCAAGUUCCAACUAGGGAAUACCCAGAGCCAAAGUCAAAGUCAAGGGGGUAACACGUCACAACAAACAUAAAUUAGAAUUCAUAAAGUAGUAGAUAUAGAUAGUGUUACCAUAAUAAAUAUAUAAAUACAUAUAAAAAUCGUUUCCGGGUCUUUGCGUCCUGUUACUACAUCUGGACAACGAAUCAUAUACGAAAGAGUAUACAAUACCGGUAAUGUAAAGACUGCUCCUUCCGUUGACAAGUGGUGUUGUUGCCAUUCGCGCAUUAGUGCUAUCAUUCACGUUCUAGCCUGUUAGCGGCUCUGACAGUUCACGACAGUAAGCAUUAUCAAUUGAAUACAGAUGCUUAGAUUCUACAGUCACACUGUGGGUAAAAAAACAAGAAGUCGGUCUACACACAGUCCCUAAACCCACCCCUCGCCCCUGUCCUAGUCGCGUAUCGGCGUAAUCUUUCUUUUUUGCAUUGUCCGUCGUCGCUUCCAUGAUGUCGUUGCCUACAGCCUCAUGGCCUGCCGUUGCCUAAAGGUGCAUCAUCGACCGAUCUGAAUGGUUUCCUGAAAGAUUUGAGUAAGAGCACAUAUGUUGGGACCCGAAAGAUGGUGAACUAUGCCUGAAUAGGGUGAAGUCUGAAGAAAUUCAGAUGGAAGCUCGUAGCGAUUCUGACGUGCAAAUCGAUCGUCAAAUUUGGGUAUAGGGGCGAAAGACUAAUCGAACUAUCUAGUAGCUGGUUCCCUCCGAAGUUU